AAAUCAUUAGAGGGUGGAUUCGAAUCGAGACGUUCAACUCCAUUUGCAUCGGGAUCAUCUUCACGAACACCGGGUAGUGGUGGUUCAUUGAAAAUUGUCCGCCGUUCUGGUGAACGAUCAAAAAGUCCAUUCCGUAGUUUCAGGUGGAAACGCGGCACUUCACGCAACAUUGAGCUUGAGUACGAUGAAGAAGGUGCCCAAGGUGAUGCUAGUGGCGUUGAAGGUGUUUUAGUUCGCAAACACGAUUGGGAAAGUACGACCAAGAAAGCAGCUAACCGUUCAUGGGAUAAGGUUUAUAUUGUGGCUCGUAACUCCCGGUUAACGUUCUUCAAAGAUCAGAAAGCAUCAAAGGUUUUGCCAGAAGCAACGUUCCGCGGCGAACUACCAUUAAUAUUGGAUGGCGCAAGCGUUGAUGUAGCCAAUGACUAUAAGAAACGAAAACAUGUGUUCAGAAUAAAGUUUGUCAAUGGCAGCGAAUUUUUGUUACAAGCGCACGAUGAUGCCGAAUUACAGCAGUGGGUCAGCGCAUUGAAGGUACAAUGUCAAACCGCAUCGGGAAGCGAAAGCCGUUCACAGACAUUGCCCGCAUCAUCACAGCAAAAAGAUGAGACCAAAAAGAAAUCAUUCUUUACGCUGAAGAAAAAUUAAACAAACUAUUCAAAUUCAUCGUCCUCGAGCACACAACAUUUUACACAGACACACUCAAUUACAGACAAAUUUACAAAAAAAAAAACAAAAAAACAUAAAAAUCUAUGAUAUUUUCUGUCUUAAAGAAAACUUUAAACAAACACAAAAAAAACAUGGGCCUUGCGUUGCGAUCCAGCUUUAGAAUUUUUAUGAAUAAAAAUAAACAAAUAAAAAAGUACGCAAAAAAUAUUGUUAAUGUAGCAAAACAAAAUCAACAACUCUAAAUUGAUUUGAAAGCAAAUUAAAACACAAAAGGAACAAUCGAAGAAAAAAAGAAAAACCAUUUUAUUCCUAUACAACUAUGAUUAUCGCAAUUUUAAUUACAUUAUUCGAGUUAUAAUUUGUUCUAUUUUUCCUAUUACUUCUUUCCAUCAAUUUUAUUAUGUUUUUUCUGUCCGUUUUAUUUUUCAUAACGCAUCCGUUUUAGCGAAUUAAAGAGCUUCAUUUAUUUAUGCAAAGAAAAAUGUACUUUACGAGAGUAAGAACAAAAUAUCUUCAUAAUUUCCUUUGAAACUAUGUCUUCUUUUGUUGUUCAUUAUACAAAGAAACAAAAAAAAAGUGAGAAAUAAACGCUAAGUCCAAACUUUACACUGCGAAGGGAAAAUUUAUUUUUAAUACAAUUGCAGAACAGAAUUUGAGUGCAGUUAAUUUACACACGCAUUUUUAUGUGUUAAGCUAAAUUAAAAAAUUUAGAGAAAUAAAUUGAAAUCGCCCAAAAAUGAUGCGGAAAACACUCAGUGUGACCGAAAAAAAAACCAGUGACAAUUCCCAUUGCGAUCACAACACAGCAUCGGCGAACCACAACACUCUACAGAAAAACCGCAACAAAACAAACCGUUUUCAAAAAAUAUUCAUCUAAUAAGGUUAAAUUUAGCAUAAAUACAAAAAUGAAAAAAACUACUACGUACGAUUUAGAUAUAUUAAAAUAUUUGUUUGAUUGGUAAAUGUUCUUUUUUUUAAAUUUUCUGCCUGUACACGAAUUUUGAUGCAUUCAAAUCAAAGCAACAUCAACAUACACACACACAAAAAUCUAUAUAAUUCAAACGAUAAAUAAAAUCAGAAUUAUCUAUUGUAAUCGACAAUUAAAUGAAA